AUGACGUCAAUUCCCGGCUGGUUCUGUCUCGCCUUCGUCCUACUCGUCCUCUUCUCCGGCAAUGCGGCCACCGCCGACGCCGCCGCGGCGAUCGAGUUCGACUUUGGGACGCUUACCAUGUCCAGCAUGAAGCUCCUCGGCGACGCCCGCCUAAGCAACGGGAGCGUGCUCCUCACGCGCGACGUCAGCGUCCCGUACUCCGGCGCCGGCAGGAUCCUAUACUCCCAUCCGGUGGCCUUCCGUCGGCCUGGGACUCGGGAUCUCGCCAGAUUCUCCACCUUCUUCUCGUUCUCCAUCUCCAACCUCAACCCCUCCUCCAUCGGCGGCGGCCUGGCCUUCGUCAUCUCCGCGGACGACGAGUACCUCGGCGACUCCGGUGGGUUCCUCGGCGUCACCGGCGCCGGUCCCCGUCGCACCUCCGCCGUCGUGGCGGUGGAGUUCGACACCCUGAUGGACGUUGAGUUCAAGGACAUCAACGGCAACCACGUCGGCCUGGAUCUCGGCUCCAUGGUCUCCGCCCGCGCCUCCGAUCUGGACGCUGCCGGCGUCGACCUCAAGAGCGGCGACCUGGUCAACUCGUGGGUCGACUACUCCGGGCCCACCCGAUCGAUAGAGGUAUACGUCUCCUACUCCAACCUAAAACCCAAAACUCCCAUCCUCACCGCCGCCCUCAACCUCUCCGACCACAUUCCCGACGACUUCGCCUUCGUCGGAUUCUCCGGGUCGACCCAAGGCAGCACCGAGACCCACACCAUCGAAUGGUGGAGCUUCAGUUCAUCCUUCAACGAGAUCCCCUCUCCGCGGGCCCCACCCCCUUCCUCCCCAUUAAUUAACCCCUCCGCCGACACCAUCCUCCCGCCGCCACCUCAGCCGCCAUCCAAUCCUCCGAACGCCACCUCACCCGCCACCCCAGGAAAAUGCCACAGCCCGCUCUGCAAAAACGGGCCGGGCCCAAUAAUCGGCGUCCUCACAGCCGGCGCUUUCCUCUUCGCCUUGUGCGCCCUCGCCCUCGUCUGGGCCCACCACAAAAAACCCCCAUCGGCAUCCCGAAAAAUCACCACCGAAACCCUCGGCUCGUACGUAAACAAAAUGCGUCCGAAAGAAUUCAAAUACAACGAGCUCCACAUCGCCACAAACGGUUUCAACCCGACCCGUAUAAUCGGGCACGGCUCGUUCGGAACCGUAUACAAAGGCAUCCUCCCCACGACCCGCGAUUCAGUCGCCGUCAAACGCUGCAGCCACAAAGAACAGGGGAGAACAGAGUUCCUCUCCGAACUCUCGAUAAUCGGUACCCUCCGCCACCGGAACCUCGUCCGACUCCAAGGCUGGUGCCACGAGAAAGGCGAAUCCCUCCUCGUCUACGACCUCAUGCCAAACGGGAGCUUAGACAAAGCACUCUUCGAGUCGAAAACCGUUCUCCCGUGGGCCCACCGGCGAAAAAUCCUUCACGGCGUGGCCUCUGCUCUCGCUUACCUUCACGGGGAAUGCGAGUCCCGAGUAAUCCACCGCGACGUGAAAACGAGCAACGUGAUGCUCGACGAGGGUUUUAAUGCCAGGCUGGGCGAUUUCGGGCUGGCCCGACAGGUGGCGCAUGAUGGGGAGUCGCCGGAGGCCGCCGCCACUGUGGCGGCGGGGACGAUGGGUUACCUGGCGCCGGAGUAUCUGUUAACGGGCCGGGCUUCGGAGAAAACGGAUGUGUUUAGUUAUGGAGCGGUGGUCUUGGAAGUGGUGACUGGGAGGCGGGCUAUUGAGCGCGGGAGCCCGAAUAGCAAUCUUGUGGAGUGGGUGUGGGGUUUGCAUCGGGAGGGGAGGUUGGAGGAGGCGGCGGAUGGGCGGUUGGUGGGGGUGGAUAAGGGGGAUUUGGGCCGGGUGUUGAUGAUUGGGCUGGGCUGUGCGAAUCCGGAUCCGGAGGCCCGGCCCGGAAUCAGGGGGGUGGUGCAGAUGCUGGCGGGAGAGGCGGAGGUGCCGGAAGUGCCGAGGGUGAGGCCGGGAACGAGCUAUAGUACGGCGGAUCUUUUGAUGACGUUGCAGGACAGCGUGUCGGAUUUGAACGGGACGUUGAUGAUGAUGAUCGAGCUGUCGUCGACGAGUUCCUCGUCGGAGAAUGGGUUUGAUUUGGUUUGA